AUGCGGCAGCCAUUGAUGCCAGCGUGGAGCCCGGUUAGGAGCUCCCUCGCGAACGCCGUCAUGCUCGGCUGGUUGGGUCUAGGGCAAGUCCAGCCCGAAUUCUACGCGGACGAGUAUUCGCCAGAGGUUGACUUAUCAGGGUUACCAGAUGGAGAGGAGGCUUCGGAGCUGCUGAGCUGUGACGUCUGGAAGGAGCCUUUGCCUCUCGGUUCGGAGCGGUUGAGAGCGUUGCUGCGAAUCAACAACUUCAGGGACGAGCUGCGCGCUCUCAGGCACCAUUUCCUGGGCACCAGAGAGCUCAGGGUAGUGACAGCCACAUGGAACGUGGCGGGCAUAUCGGACCCGCCUUCUCACCUGGACCUCACGGACUGGCUCUUGCUGCAGCAACCUGCCGAUAUCAUCGCCAUUGGCUUCCAGGAGAUAGUUCCGCUGAGCACGGGCAGUGUGUUGGGGAUGGACUCAGAGGAGGCGGUGGGGCAAUGGGAGGCUCUAGUGCGCCGCCAGCUCAACACCGCCGCUGCCAAGGCCGCCAGAAAAGCCGCUGCCAAGGCUGCUUCCACAGGCUCGAUCAAGGGUGAUGAGCCCACAGCGGGAAAGACCGAUGGGGCAGAGCAGGCAGGGACAGACAGAGGCAGCAGGGCUGGUGAUGAUGAGACAAACAGUGCAAGCAGUAGCAGCGGUGUGCAGGGGAGGAGCACCCCUCCCCCGUCUCUGACCAGCAGCAGCGACCUCUCCUUCCACUCCAGCAGCUUCCGCCUCCCCUCCUCCGCUUCCGAUGCCUCCAAGGGUUCUCUUGAUGACGGUGCUGCUGCUGCGGCUUCCUUGAGUCCAGCUGAUGCUGGCGCUGCUGCUCCCGGCACACCCGAGUGGGAGGGGGGUGCUCUGCAGCAGGGUGAACAUGCAAAUAAGGCAUCCCUGGAUAAGAUAUCGCCCGAGGAUUUGAUCAGCGUGCCGCUCACUCCUGCUGAGCCCGCCUUUGCAGAUGGAGGUGGAUAUGGUGGGGAGGGGGGUGGCGAUGGGCGGGAGGAGAGGGGGGAUGUGCGAGCGAGUGAGGGAGGGGUGGAAGGGAAGAUGGUGGGGGUGUAUCUGAUGGUGUGGGCGCGCAAGGGGCUUAGGAGGCACAUUCAUAGCGUCAAGGCCAGCACUGUGGGCUGUGGACUCAUGGGCAUUCUGGGGAACAAGGGUUCAGUAGCGAUAAGCAUGUCGGUGCAUGAGACGCAAUUCACUUUCAUCUGCGCACAUCUCAACGCGGGGGAGGAGCGUGCCGACGCUGCCCGUCGCACAUUUGACUUCCUCGAGAUUCUUCGCCGCACCGCCUUCCCCCGAGAGCUGCCGGAUCCAUGGACUGCUAGACUGGCAGAGACUAUUACCGAGCACGAUCGCGUGUUCUUCUUUGGCGAUCUCAACUACCGCCUCGAGCUGCCAGACCAGGAGGCGAGAGCGCUGCUGGCCAAGAGAGACUGGGAGGCACUGCUGCAGCACGACCAGCUGCGGUGGGAGCUCUCAGAGGGAGGAGCACUCCCAGGGUGGCGAGAAGGUCCCAUCUUCUUCGCCCCGACCUACAAGUACGCAGCGGGCAGCAACCGGUACGUGGGUGAAGACGAGGAGGACGGGGAGAAGCGCCGCACGCCCGCCUGGUGCGACCGAGUCCUCUGGUACGACUCGGGAGACGCCACGGACAGCCUCCCCCCCACCAGCAUCAGCAGCCCCAGCCCCAGCAGCAACACCACCACCACUGGGAUCACCAGCAGCGGCAGCAUGAGCAGAAGCGUGGGGGGGUAUAUGAGUGAUGCGCUGCAGCUUGUGUCGUACUCGCGCGCGGAGCUGGCCCUGUCGGACCAUCGGCCCGUGGCGGCGGUGUUUGCGGUGCAAGUGGAGGCGGUGGAGAGGGAGAGGUUUGAUGCUGCUGUGGCCGUGGCGUGCCGGCAGCUGGAUGAAAGGCAGCAACUCGCGAUUCCGCACUGUUCGCUCAGUGCUCAUGCCGUCGAAUUCGGAGAGGUGCCCUACGCAUCUGUCAUCCGGCGAACCAUCGAGCUCCACAAUCUCGGCACGGUCCCCGCGCGUUUCUCCGUGGCCCCGGCAGGUAGCACCGACACCUCGGCCCCCGGCCCUGCAGGGGGGUGCGGGGCAUGGGUGGUGGCGGAACCUGCAGCAGGAGCUGUAGCACCAGGGCACACCGUGACUCUGAGUCUGCACACCUGGGUGGCUGUGCCGGGCACGAGGGUUGAUCUGCUGGUGGAUCGUGGCGGGCUGCUGGAUUUGAUUCUCGUGGUCGCGAUUGCGGGCGGCGGGGAUCUGUUUGUGGCGUGCUCUGGGAGCUACGUGCCGUCCUGCUGGGGCCUGCGUCUGGAGGCCCUAGCAGGUCUCAAGGACCCCAUCCGCUCGCUCUCUCUCGAUGCCAUUGCCACACGCCAGCGGUCCUCCCUCCGCCACACCCUACCUACACCUGCCGCUGCUGCCGGUCACCAGGCCAGCAUCCCAGAAGCUUCCGAAACCGACCCUGAUAAUGAUGACAAUAACGACUCGGCUGCUGCAGACGGGGAGGACGAUCGGCCGUUAGGAGCAGCGGCACGAGCAGCAGCGUCGCCAGCGUCAGACGCAUUUGAGGUGCCCAAGGAGGUGGCUCGCAUGCUCACCUUCCUGCUCGACUCCGGCCAGGACAUCUCAUCCGCCUUUGACCCCAUCGCUCUCGGCAUCGACCUCUCUCUUGAUCAGGAGGACACCACUCGGUUCCUAGCAGCCAAGGCAGCAGCACUGGGUGCAGUAGCUCAGGAGUUGCAAAUUGCACCCAUCCGUCUCGCACUCGACACCGGCACACCCUUCCCCACCGAAACCUCCCCGCUCACUAUGGCUCGUGCGCUUGUCUCCUUCCUCCUAGCCCUCCCCGAGCCUAUUAUUCCGCCAAGUGUGGGGGAGGAGGUGGCGUGUAGGGAGGGGUGGGCGCGGGGGGCUGCGGCUACGCUGCUGGCAGAGCGGUUGGGUGCGGCGCAGCUGGGUGUGGUGGACUCGCUGCUGGCGCUGAUCCAGGCUCUGCUGCGGAACCGCAUUGCGAAUCGACUUGCCAUUCAUGAGCUGGCGGCCAUCCUGGCCUACUGCCUCUUUGGUCCCGUGCCGGCGUUCACAAAUGACGAGAUGGGAAUUGCAACCGCCACGGAUGCUGUGAGGAUUGUAAAGCGCCGGAGACGCUUCAUGCGCCUGCUGAUCGAGGAUACUCGGCUCCGUUCCAAGUGA